ACCGUAGACUCGACGACUAGAGCGAACAUCGCAGCAUGGACUCAGAGAUCUUGAACAUAGAGGAGAUUGUGAUGGGACGGGGCUUGCCAGAUCCACUCCCGGAAAAGCCGGUAGAACCCUACAAACCCAUCACUCUGAAUGGACCUCCGGCUCCCUCGGUUCAUUCCUACCAGCAUGAAAACCUGCAGUGCUUCCAGUGCUUCAUCACGUUCUGCAGUGCAAAAGCCAGGGAGAGACACAUGAAGAAGAGCCACCGGGAGGAAUACAAGCAGCAGCUUCAGCAGGGAAACACAUUGUUCACAUGCUACGUGUGCGACCGCACAUUUCUGUCAUCUGAGGAACUGACGCAGCACCAGCCAACACACAGCAAGGACGACAAGCCCUUCAAAUGUGUUCACUGCAAAGAGAGCUUUAAAACGUUCUCUGAACUCACAUCCCAUAGAAGACAGGUGUGCCCAGAGAAACAGAUGGUUUGUAAAGAUUGCAAUGAAACGUUCCGUAGUGCCGGACUGCUGCGUGCUCAUCGCCUGACCCAGCAUCCACGCCCAGAUGUCGAGACUACAGAACAGCCAGAGGAUUCUACAAAAACCCAUCGCUGUAAGAAGUGCGGCCAGGGAUUUGAAGCUGAAUCGGAGCUGAUAGCACACCAGGAGAAGUACCCCGAAGGUCAGCAGUGCAACGGCAGCGCUUCAUCUGUCAAGAAACGCGGACGGCCUGCCAAGGCCGAAGACCCGGCAGGUGCUGAGAAAAAGGGAAAGCGGAAAAAGAAAGAGGAAGCAGACAUUCCCGAGGAGACCGUGAAGGCCGGCAGCACAUCAGACUUGACGGCAACCCCAGCAGAAGAAAAAGGGAAAGCAGGCGGAGCAAAGCGUGGCCGUCCCUCGAAGGUGACAGCAAAGUCAGAAACGGAAGACAAAACUCCCGAGGACGAGAGUCAGGCUUCAGCAAAGGAGAAGAAACCUAAAGCAGAGCCGACCCCACCCCGUCAGCACCCGUGCCCCGAGUGCGACCUCACAUUCCCCGGCUUGAUUCAGCUCCGUGCUCACAAGAAGGAGAAACAUGCCCCACAGAAAGCCCACCCCUGCGAAGAAUGUGAAGAGAGCUUUGCCUGUCCAGAGCAGCUGGAUGCCCACAUGUCCCGGGCGCACGCCGUGGGCCGAUUUGCCUGUCCGACCUGCGGGAAGAGCUUUGGCCGAGAGCGCACAUUGAAAGCUCACCAGAAAAGCCACCCAGAGGAAAAGCCUGAAAACACAAGUGGAAAAAGAUGAUUCAGACACUAAUUGAGACAAAUUAGAUAGAAUUCAACACUGCAUACUUAAGAAAUUGUUUUCAUUACAGGGUUUGGGCUACAUCACUGAAAAUGAGGUACAAGUUCUUGGAAGUGAUGAGAUCAAGCUUGAAGAGAACAGUUCAAAUCAACCACUGACUGCAUCCACUAGUCAAAAUAGACAGACUGCAAGCGUGCAGCCGCUACAUCAUCGCGAUAUAAGGACUGUUCUGGUGAAAGAGGAAAGCAGCCUCAUACUGAAUGAUGUUCCAGCCACAAGUGGCAGCAGACACAUCCGCUGGAAUGUAGAGGCACUUAGCAAAAAUAAAGUCAUCCCAACAGUAGAGGUCGGGGAGAGGACAACGGACUGUUGUAUCUUACCAGAGUUCAACACCAGCCAGUGUAUUUUCUAUCCAGUAAAGGAGGAGGAGAGAGAGGUCCUAGUAGAAUCUGCUGGGACCAGCAGAAACCCAGAGGGAUCCCACGAUGCAAAUCAGACAGAAAGUCAAACAGCAGAUUGUGAUAUACGUGAAUCGAUCCAUUCUGUACCAGACUAUCAGGAAACAACAGUCAAAGGUCUUUUCUCAGAUCCUGAGGUCAUCGAUCAACAAGCUGUGUCAGACUCUGAGUGGCAGCACCUACCAGAUCUUCGUGAGUUUCUCCUCCAAAGUCCCGAUGAAGAGGAUAUGGGUGGUUUUGAAUUGUCAGAUCCUCAGCUUGAUUCAGAAGCAGAAGUAAUGGCCUGUUUCUCCAAGAACUCUACCAUCAGCGCACAACAGUCGGAUCACACAUC